AUGUCUCCAUCAUCGUCCCAGACCCAGAGUCUGUCAACUGUCUCGCCAGAGUCAAGUUCGACUCCCGUUAGUAGCUCCGUAUCAUCAUCCCCUCUGGAAUCAACUUCGACUCCCUUCAGCUCGACUCCCACCUCAGUCGCUACCUCCAGCACUGUCCAGUCCAGCUCGAAUGCGAUCCCCACACCAAGCUCAUCAGACACGGACUCCGCCACUUUGCCGUCUUCGUCGUCUGAUUCUUCGCAAACAACUUCGAGUCCAGAGCUCCCCCAGUCAACUACGGCGUCGGGCAGUAGUAGCAUUGAGUCAGUCUCGUGGUCUACCCUUUCGUCGGAGCCAAACCCGACAUUGACUUCAUCUACACUAGCCACUUCAGGAUCCACGUCCACGUCUAUUUCUACUCAACAGUCUACAAUCUCUGCGAGCUCAAGCUCAACUUCUAGCACCGAGUCCGUGACUGAAACGUCUCUCCAAGGCUCGACGUCGCUCACUAGUAGCUCAACCAGUCUGUCGCAGUCAGAGACAGGCUCUUUGGUCACUUCAUCACUGGACUCUAGUGUAACACCGACAUCGUCAGAUAGCACGACCAGCACGCUCAUCACUACUAGCACAAGCAGCACAAGCAGCACUCUCGUCACCACCAGCGCGAGCUCCUCCAGCCUACUCUAUCCCUCACUCACUUCCAGCACGCCCAGCACAACCACCACCAGCUCCACCAGCCUAACAUCCCCCCCAUUGUCUUCCAGCACAACCUCAACCUCAACGUCUCCUCCUCCCGCGACCUCCUCUUCCACCUCUUCCACCGCCCUCGUGACCCCCGGCCUAAACACCAACCUCCCCAGCGUCAUCGUCGGCCCGCUCCCCACGCACAGCUCCGCCCUCAACCCCAACACCUACAACAACAACCUCGAAUACGCCAAGCGCCUCAACGAGCUUUUUGGCCCGCUGACGCCCGGCGCAGAGUGCCGACAAGGCCAGGUCGUCUGUCUUGGGUCCCGCUCGCAGGGCGUCUGCCGCGACGGCACGUACUCCGAGGUGGCGUGCGAAUCGGGACAGAUAUGCGCGGCGCUGCCCAUGGAUGGCGUCGACGGCGUCAUGAUUGGGUGUCAGGACCCGGAUAAGGCGCGUCAGAUUCUAAGUGGCAACAAUCCGAGCGUGUCGACGACGUCGUCGUCUGCAUUACAGUCGUCUAGUCUCAUCGUCACACAGUCGCAGUCGCAGUCGAGUGCGGUGGCGUCCACCUCGUCUGCAACUUCGCUUACAUCGACGCCGACAAGUACAUCGGAGCCGGUGGCCACGUCCACAAGUCAUUUGCCUAUAUCGACGAUACCGGAAGAGACAACCAGCGUCGGCUCGCUCAUCUCAGAGACGUCUCAUCUCACCUCAACCAGCUCACAUCCGGCCACAUCCUCUCUCCCAUCAACGACGGCUUCGUCGCCGCCCGCGCAAACAACAACUGGCCCGGCCCCGACGACGACGUCCAUACCUGAGGCUUCAUCGCCGCCCGUAUCAACAACCAACCCGGCCCCGACAACGUCCUCUCUUGAGACUCCCUCGCGGCCUGCCACCUCUAGACCGCCUCCAUCGCCAAUAACUGAACCGACUCCAGCAACAUCCUCUCCCAAGACUUCACUGCUGUCACUCACCUCAUCUGCUCCGCCUUCAUUAACAACAGCAACCUUCGUCCCGGAACCUUCAUCAUCACCUCCACCCGCUACCACCACCACCACCACCACCACCACCACCGCAGCCGUUGGCUCCUUCAGCCGCGGCGGCUGGACCCCCGGCGACCAGAUCGUCAUCACAGCUACGCCGUCGCACUCUCUUCCGCCCAUUACCAGCCUCAUCGUGGUUCCCAUCGACGACGACGACAACAACGGCGGUAGCCUGGAAACGGCCGGUGCCGCAGAAGUCUCCCCGGCGGCGGCGGCGACGCCGGCAGCAGCAGCAGCGCCGACAGCAGAGGCGGCGGCGCCCACGACUAAAGUGGUUAGCGGCGUGCUGACGGUCGUGUACACCGUGACGGCGACGGUGACGAGCCGUGAGACUGUGACGAGUCGUGAAACUGUGACGAGCCGCGAAACGGUGACGGUCAUUAUUACGGAAGCAUAA